CCAGCGAGUCGAGAACGUUAAAAGGUCAUCUAAGCUUUUAUUCAUUUCCGCAUGAAGAGGCGGGACGUAAGGGGGAGUUGUACAGCUUGUAAAUCAGCUGUUGUUUUGAAAUGGCAGCUUAUGUUCGUAAGAGCUUACUGCAGUCGACUUGGAGAAGAUUACUACAACAGAAGCAUAGGUUGGUGUACACUGCUUCCCAAGAAUUUAACGAAAAUGAGAUUACAGAAAAAUUGCAGCAGUUUCCAGGUGGAUCUAUUGACCUUAAGAAAGGGAAUGAUGGCAUUGCUUUUCUCACUGUCAACAAUCCUAGUAAGAUGAAUGCAUUCUCAGGUGCAAUGAUGGUACAACUGAAGGAUCAAGUAGAAGAGCUAGAAGGCUGGUCAGAGGGAAAAGGUCUUAUUCUCCAUGGAGCUGCAAACACUUUUUGCUCUGGAUCAGACUUAAAUUCUGUAAAAGCAAUUUCGAAUCCUCAGGAUGGAAUGGAGAUGUGUAUGUUUAUGCAGAAUGUUUUGACAAGGUUGAUGAGGCUACCUCUUAUCAGUGUGGCUGUAGUGCAAGGGAAGGCCCUAGGUGGAGGCGCAGAACUUACUACUGCUUGCGACUUCAGAUUACUGGCCUUAGGGAGUGAAAUACGAUUUGUCCAUAAACACAUGGGCGUAGUUCCAGGCUGGGGUGGAGCUGCCAGGCUUGUGCAGAUUGUUGGCAGUAGGACCACCCUGAAGUUACUCAGUACAGCUCAAAAAGUAGACCCCGAAAUUGGACUGAAACUGGGAUUAGCAGAUGCCAUCUUAACUUCAUUUGGGGAAGAAAGAAUUUUAAAUGAAGCUCGCAGCUGGUUAAGUCAGUACACCAAAGGACCACCAGAAAUAAUCAAAGCCAUUAAAAAGGUAGUUGUUUCUGGAAAAGAACUGCCAUUUGAAAGUGCUUUACAAACUGAGAAAGAUAUAUUUGGGACUGUUUGGGGAGGACCUGUCAAUCUGAAAGUAUUGGCCCAAGGAUCAAAACACAAAAAAAUAAGAAUCGAUUGAGGAUAGCUGGUGUUUUCUAUCAAUGAUUUUGUGUUUUCAGAAAGUAUUUUAAGUUACAGUAUAUACUGUUGAAUGUAAACUCAUUUUAUACACUUCAAAAUUAUAUUAACUUUCAAAGAAACAUGAAAUGCAUUUGAAGUUUCAAUGUCUUGAUGUGUCAGUGCAUUAAAUUUUUUCAAAAUGCA